UGGUUCUUCUCUCUCUCUCUCUCUCUCUCUAAGCCCAUAAAUGCAUAGUUACAAGUUUUCCUUCGAUAGUAUGGCAUGCUUUCAGAUCAGUUUGUUUAUUAUCGUUGCUACGUUAGCAUUUUGUGACUUCGAAGUGGACUGUGAAUCUGAGAAGAAAGCUUCAAUUGUCUAUAAUGCUUUAGUCGUCGAUAAAGAGUUGCAGCCAGACAAGGUGAAAAGGGGGAUGACAGUUUCUGAUGGAAAACUUUCAGUACACUUCGAGGCAGUGGAAGCAAGAUUUCUGCGUGCAUCAUGUAGUGCUUUUCUGGACGUUCUUACUCUUGCCAUAAAAACAAUCGAAGAUUUCGGACAAGGAUUGGAUUUCUGAUAGCCUUCGCUCAUCUUUUACAUCUCAUGUUUGCUUAGUUUACAAUAUGAUGAUUUGUAGUGGUUUGAUCCAUGGCGAAGAACCAUAUCCUACAUCCAUCAUUAUAACAUUCCAACAUUGACAUCCAACAAUAUAACAUUUUCAAUAACAUAUUACUCCUUAUAUUUAGCCA